AUGGCAGACGACGACCUGGGAUCGCCGUCGAGCACGUCGCCACGACGGAGAAAUGUGACAAACAGACUGGACGAGGAUCAGUCAUUGUACCCGGAGGACAGAAUGGGAGAUGCAGCGGCCACGACAGAAGCCGAGGCGGAUUACGACGAGGAAAGGUUGGUGCUCGGUUGUCUCAAGGGCUUUUCUCUUUUCUAACCAGAUUUCGUUUUUUUUGCAGCGAGAGAAGAGUGCGUCGCAGUAGAACACGCCGUCAGUUGGAACGUACGCACUUCCAAAUGGUCAACGAGCGAGUUGUCGAGGACAUCACCGUGGAUUUUCUUUACAAACCGCAUACACUGACUAUUCUCGGACUUCUCGUCGUCUUUAUUUCCUACAAAGCAUUCACCGGGUUAGUUUCGUGCAAAGACACCUGUGAUCAGACUGAUAAGAAUAGAAAAUGUGUCUAUCAAAGUUCAAAUUGCCAUCCAUGAAAAAUUACAAUUUUAGGGUAACGGAGAAUGAAACCGACAGAAAUGUGUACGAUGGACUGCUCGGAACACUUGUACUCUUUCUUGUUGUCAGUGCUCUUGCUUUCCCCAACGGUCCGUUUCUCCACUCUUGUGAUUUGUUCAACCUCAUUCAAUUCCAGGUCCUUUCAUCCGUCCUCAUCCGGUUUUCUGGCGCAUUGUAUUCGGUGUCUCCGUUGUGUACCUCAUGUUGCUUCAGUUCACUCUUUUCCAAACGUACAAGGACAUCAAAACUGUGCUCACAUGGCUAGACCCGAAAGGUUUGGGAGCCGAGAACCUCAUCGAGAAGGAGUAUGCGAUUAACUGCUCUGAUGUCUCACUGGAACGCCUGUGGAGUCACAUGGACAUUUUCGCUGUCGGCCACUUUUUGGGAUGGGCCAUGAAAGCACUUCUCAUCAGACACGGAAUCAUCUGCUGGUACAUUAGCAUCUCCUGGGAGCUCACCGAGAUCGUGUUCACUCAACUACUUCCAAAUUUCGCCGAGUGCUGGUGGGAUGCACUCAUCCUCGACGUUUUGGUGUGCAACGGACUCGGAAUUUUUGCGGGACUUCAAAUCUGCAAGUGGUUCUCGAUGCGCUCUUUCCACUGGGAGAGCAUCAAACACAUCAAGACAAAUCGUGGACGUUUCAAGAGAAUGGUGAUGCAGUUCACUCCUGAGAGCUGGAAUGAGUUCGACUGGGGAUCUUUCACGGUGACCAUGAAGAGAACGAUUGCAGUUUAUCUCUUUGUUCUUAUCUGGCUGGUAAACACUUUUUGGUUUUGAAACCACGCAUAUUCGUUCUCAUUUCAGUUAACCGAACUCAACACGUUCUUCAUGAAGCACGUCUUUUCCGUGGACACGAAGCAUCCAGUGGUCUUCUGGAGACUCAUACUCAUCGCGUUCAUUUCUGCCCCGUCCAUCCGUCAGUUCUACCUCUAUGCCACCGAUCCACUGAUCAAACGCCUCGGAAUGCAAUGCUGGGUGUACUUGGCCGUGUGUGCUCUCGAAGCGGCAAUUUGCGUAAAAUUCGGAAUUUCGAUGUUCCCCCGCGUCGCGAUUACACCGAUUGUCAUCUGGAUUCUGUUUUUGGUGAGUGAACCUCAUGUUAUAAGAAUGAUUUCAACGUUGUUUCAGGUGGUAGGGACAUUCUGUAGUGUGUGGCUGUCCGUGUGGUGGGCGAGAAAGUCAUCGGCCACGACGGAAGUGGAAAUCGACGGCGAAAACUGUGACAUCUACUUGGACUCUUCUCACGAGAAUCUCGGCGCCAUCCAUGAUGACGUUCGCCGUCGACGCAGAGAUCUCGGUUUCUCGGAAUCUGAUCUCAACUGA